AUGAAUCCUUUUGCAACGAUUGAUGAUAACAACAAAAAAUCAUGCAGUGGAUGUGACAAAAUUCUUCCUAUUGAAUCGUUUAUUAUUAAUAAAAAAACUUACCAAACCUGCAAUAUAUGCCGUGCUCAAAAUAAACUUUAUAAGCAAAAUACGAAUAAUGAACAAUCAUUUGAUACCUUAAUUGAUAUUCAUGAGCUUAUUGAUGUUAUUUCACAAGAGUUUGAUACAGUUGAAAAUUCUGUUAACAAUAAAGUGCAAUCCAAUAAUAAAGAAAAUCAAGAUGAUGUGACAUUUACCUUUUCUUGCAGUGUUAAUAUUAAUGAACUGGAAGGUAGUUCAAAAGAACAAGCCAGUCACAUUAUAGAAAUUAUAUCUGAUGUAGAUGAAUAUAAGUGGAUGUAA